GUGUUACAAUACUGCACUGUGCUCGAGUGUUGUCUUAUCCUACCCCCUCGACCCAUAUUUUACGGAUCCAGUAAUCAACUUCUCGGGUCUUCAGCCAGAGUGAAAGUGAACAUCCUUUUCUCCUUUUCUCCCUCUCUCCCCUUUCUCUAGUUUUGCUGCGGGCCCGGCACUUCUUUUUCUCACUCCCAAAUCAUUUUCUAUUCUAACUUGGCCCUCCUGGCUCCAACGCCUCCGGGGGUUCCACUUGCAUCAUAUCCAACAUCUUUUUUCUCCGUUAGAAUCCCUCCCCGCCACCUCAUACACCCCCCCAUCCCCCCAUUCCUCUCUCGCUCCCCUAGCCUACACCUGACACUCCUCUCUCGAAAGAUCGCCCUUCUCGCCUAUCUUACAUCUCGACUACCUUAAAUUCCUGUUCGGCAAACUUGGACGAUAUAUGGGCUUGGGUGUUUGUUGUUGAAAGGGAUCUUAUCCCGCUCCCCUUUUUCCAAUUCUUUUCACAUCUAUCCUUUAGUUCCCGCUAUUAGAUUUCAGCCCACCUUUUUUUUAUUUUUAAAUUGUUUCUUCUUUUAUGGCCAAAAAUCAUACCUCCGUUCGUGACAGCAUGUCAGCCUCAAAACCGGAGGAGGAAGUCCCAUUAAUGGACUUGGGGGACUAUAGGGGGGAGAAGAAACUCGCACAGACUACCAUCGCUGUCGAUGGAAUGACAUGUGGCGCUUGCACGUCUGCUAUUGAAGGUGGCUUCACAAAUGUCGACGGGUUAGAGUCCUUCACCAUAAGCCUGAUCACUGAGCGAGCCGUUGCGAUCCACGAUGUCGCGAGACUCUCAGCAGAGCAGAUUGUUGGAAUAAUUGGGGACCGCGGUUUCGAUGCAACGAUUGUUUCCUCCGACAUCAAAGGCCGGUCACCGGGGGGUAGGCGGAUGGGGGCGUCGGCCUCGGGAUGGGUCGCCACUACGAUUGCGGUGGAGGGCAUGACUUGUGCAUCGUGCUCAAGCUCUAUCGAGGGCGCUUUCAGGAACGUGGAUGGUGUGCAGAGCGUCGCGGUGGAUUUGGGUACGGACCGUGCUGUUGCUACUCACGACCCGGCAAAGAUAUCGGCGGAGAAGGUAGCGGAAAUCAUCGAGGAUCGUGGGUUCGAUGCGAAGAUUGUACGUACUGAACCUGUUGGAGGAUAUGGACGACGGAGCAUGAGCGAUUCGACACCGCAUUUAGCUACGACGACGAUUGCUGUAGAGGGUAUGACUUGUGGCGCUUGUACUGCGGCUAUUGAGGGAGGUUUCGAGGAUGUUGCUGGGAUUGGAAGCUUUACGGUCAGCUUAAUAACGGAGAGGGCAGUGGCGGUUCACGAUCCGAAUGUUAUUUCGGCUGAAAAGAUUGCAGAAAUAAUCGACGACCGAGGAUUCGAUGCAAAAAUCAUAUCAACAGACCUUCUGGGCAACGAUGAUCAGGGUGCAAAAGAAGAUACCAUAAUAUUCAAGGUUUUCGGCGUGAACUCAGAGGAGGAUGCCAUAAGGCUAGAGAACUCUUUUCGCACCUGUGAAGGGGUUAUCGAUGCAGUUGUGACAUUACCUGAUGCAAGGGCUGUAAUCGAAUACUAUCCGUCGAAAACUGGAGUGCGCAACCUUGUCGAUAUAGCCGAGUCAUUAAACAUGAACGUCCUCCUAGCGGAUAUGGAAGACAAUAGCGCUCAGCUAGAAUCCCUGGCGAAAACGAAGGAAAUCAAACAAUGGCAGCACGCGUUCUGGUUUUCGCUGUAUUUUGCCGUUCCCGUGUUUUAUAGGAGUGCCUUCAAGAGCCUUAAGCACGGGAGUGCUACCAUGGACGUUUUGGUGGUUCUCGGAACUUCGGCGGCUUUCUUCUUUUCAAUCGUGGCUAUGCUCAUGUCUGUUAUGUGUUCUCCCCACACCAAGCCUGGCACUGUGUUCGACACUUCUACCAUGUUGAUCACGUUUAUUUCCCUAGGAAGGUACCUUGAGAACAGAGCAAAGGGCCAGACUUCAAGAGCCUUAUCAAGGCUGAUGUCUCUCGCUCCUUCGAUGGCAACAAUAUAUGUCGACCCGGAGAGGGCAGGAUUGAGCAUGGAAAACGACGAUAAUGCGGGCGAGGAGAGGACUAUUCCAACAGAACUUAUCCAGGUCAACGACAUUGUGAUUGUCCGUCCAGGGGAUAGAAUACCUGCUGAUGGAACUGUCGUCGCGGGAGAAAGCUACGUUGAUGAGAGCAUGGUCACUGGAGAACCCAUGCCAAUCCUCAAAUGCAAGGGAGCACUAUUGAUUGGUGGAACAGUCAAUAGCGCAGGUCGUCUUGACUUCCGAGUCACUAGAGCCGGGAGGGACACUCAACUGAGCCAGAUCGUCAAGCUCGUCCAAGAAGCCCAAACUUCCCGAGCGCCUAUUCAACGAAUGGCUGAUGUCCUCGCUGGGUACUUUGUCCCUAGCAUCAUCGCGUUAGGAUUAAUCACCUUCAUUGGAUGGAUGAUCCUUAGCAAUCUCUGUAUCAGCGUCAUCGUCUUCGCCUGCCCAUGUGCCCUCGGCCUGUCCACGCCUACCGCAGUGAUGGUAGGUACGGGCGUCGGAGCAGAGCAAGGUAUCCUUGUCAAAGGUGGUGCAGCGCUAGAGACUGCGACGAAAAUCACGCAAGUCGUCCUGGAUAAAACCGGAACGAUAACAAUUGGACGAAUGACCGUUACCGUGAGCAAGCAGGCCAUUACCGCCGCUGCUAGGGAACACUUGGAUCUAGGUCCAGCCACUGAGCCAAGAGCUUACAAAGUCCUUAUUGGAAACACUAGAUUCCUUAAUGAAAGCGGCAUCGAGGUCCCCGAAGACGCGGUUAGCGAAGCGGAAGGCGUAAGACUGGCAGCACUUAGUGACGAACUGAAGCCAGACGCUAGAUAUGCUGUCGAGGCAUUAUACAGACUGGGUGUCAAAAUAGCAAUGGUAACUGGCGACCAAGAAGCCCCCGCCCAACAAGUCGCCAAACAAGUCGGCAUACCCCUUUCAAUGGUCUAUUCCUCCGUUUCUCCAGACAAAAAGCGGGAGAUAAUAAAGUCCCUCCAAGCCUCCGGCGAAAUCGUAGCUAUGGUCGGCGAUGGCAUAAACGAUUCCCCAGCGCUCGCGACUGCGGAUGUCGGAAUCGCGAUGUCCUCGGGCACGGACGUGGCUAUGGAAGCCGCCGACAUCGUCCUCAUGCGGCCCCAAUCUCUGCUGGACAUUCCCGCAGCCCUGCACCUUUCCAAGACCAUCUUUAGCAGGAUAAAGCUGAACCUGCUCUGGGCGUGCUUCUAUAACAUCCUGGGUUUACCGUUUGCCAUGGGGUUUUUCUUGCCGCUGGGAUUGCACUUGCACCCCAUGGCGGCGGGCGCUGCCAUGGCGGCUAGUAGUGUUUCUGUCGUGUGUUCCAGUCUGCUUCUGAAGUUCUGGAGAAGGCCGGUUUGGAUGACGGUUGAUGGGAUGAAGGCCGAGGAACUGAGUGAUCUGGACGCGCCCAGGGGCCCCAGCACGGGCUGGCAGAGUAGGUGGGGAAGGUGGAGAGCCGGAAGAAGAGCUAGAGAUGGGUAUGCCCCCGUUGGCACGGAAGAGGUGUAGAUUUUGGUUGGUGGGUGAGCCGAAGAGUAUAUAUAUGAUAUUAUUUCCUAAAUUAGCGCUUAACUGCGCGCGCUUUGUGUUGCCCUUGUUUUUCCGGUGCUUUUUUUACUUCUGUUGGCUGGGGGCUUUUUUUUAUAUAAUGGGAUGGGGUAUUUUGGUACAGCAAAUUAAGUCGGAUGAUAUAGCAAUUA